AUGGCCACUUUGAGCCGAUUUUUCCAAUCUGCAUGCACUCUAGUUUUAGGAUAUGGGAACCAAAUUUCAAGUCAAGAAACUGAGAAAAUACAGAAGAUUAAGAUGAAAAAAGAAGACGAUCAUAGUGAAGUUUGUGCUUCAUCUUCAUUGUCAGAAGGAUUUCAGAUGCCACUUCAUUAUCCACGUUACAAGAAGGGAGAUUAUGAGAAGAUGGAAGAAUGGAAAUUAGACAUUCUUCUCAAGCAAUAUGGUUUCUUGAAUUUUAAUGGGACUUUGGACGAGAAAAGAACAUUUGCUAUGGGUGCAUUUUUAUGGCCUGAUCAAUUUUGA